AUGCGCGGGCGGGCGAGAGUAAGGCACGAAACUCAUAACCGAAGGGACAAAGCUGACGUCAGGUGUUAGGAACUUUUUGGCAAAAAUCAGCUUACACUCAGGAAAAGGCUCGAGAUUAUGUCAAAGUCAAUUCAACUUGUAACUUGAUUACGGUAGGGAUCUAGUUUGAGAGCAGUAGCUGGGCAUCUUAAAAUAACGAUAUUGUCCUUUGGCUUGUUAUUAUUCAUGCAUAAUUCGCAGCGGUGGUUAAGUUGUGCUUUCAUUUGUCAGUCGCGGGUUUGCGAGGCAGUUUUUAUGUUGACUCAUAUUUUAUUGUUAAAAUUAUCUCAAUACCUAGCAUGGGAAAUGCUGAAGCUGUUCCACACGAAAAAUUGAUGAGUUCUUCAAAACCAGGCAACGCGUUUUCACCUGUAGACGGGAAAUUAACGACUGAUGUUCGCUAUGGCACGUCUUCUCAAACCACUACAGGAACUGACAACGAAAUCGAAACAAAUGGAAAUCUCGACAAAACCACAGAGAGAGGAAAAACGAUUGUAACAAUCGCUGACGAUCCUGAACCCCCCUUUUCAAAUUCUGUUGCGUUUACAAACAGGUAGGUGAUAUUCGCUACAACAAUUGAUUACUGCCCGUGCCAGUGUCUGUUUUUUCGAGGCCAUUCGGAUUUGUCGAAGGUCAUGACACUCAUCUACAAAGGAGGUUGUUGGUGAACGUGUUUACUGAAUGUUGAUCAUCCACAAAGACAUGUGUUGAAAGUAAUACUCCUAAAUUGAGAAAUCGUUUAAAAUAAGAAAUCGAUGCUCAAUAAAAAGGGAGAUUGAACGACUACAGUACCUGUAUCAUGGUCAAGUUCUUGUCUGGCGAGACAAGAUGUCACGCGCUGGAGAACACGCGCUCCUCAUGAGUGUUGUUAGGACAGGAAUAAUUAAGAAAUCAUCAAGGGCACCAUUUCUUUGUUUUAUGCUGAUGGUUUUGUGAGAGAGCAAACUGGUAAAGUAACGGAAUCUCUGUUCGAAGGAUAAUUCCGCACUUGAAGUGUGAAGAUUUUAACCGAGCUAUUGCUCGUGUAGACAUAGCAUGCUUAUCAUUUGCGUGCCUGCAUUUUAAUGAAGGUCAGCUCUGUCGAGACAGCUGAAUGAAUACAGGUUAUUUGCUGAUGAAGAAGACAAUUGAAAAUGUUACUGGACUGUAACAAUUUUUCCCUAUCAGUUCUUGCAUACUAUGUCUAUUUUGAAACCGUGCGGCGCUAAACAGUUAUCCCAGGAGCAAAAAUUCUUUAUUUGCAGCUGCUUUGGCUGCCAUGACUUCAAUCUCGGGCGACCAACUGGUAGGAUAAUGUCACGCAGUUGAGUUCCAUAUAUUUUCAUAUCGAGUUCCGUUUACAUCUUUUUCGCCGUUUUUAACUUCUUCUGUCCACGCUUUACCAUGAGACACCUGGUGCGAGUGUGCGGUUUAAUUCAGAUUAUUUCAGAACACGCAACAUGUUUUAUUUUUCUCCAAGCGAGCCACUUUCGCACCUUAAAUGGUUUUAAUUGUUGACGUUUUUUUAACGUCGGUUCGAAAGUUUUGUUUUCUGUUUUGGUAAUAGUCAUGCCCCAGACAUAGAGAUUGAAAACGAAAGACACGUUGCUUAGAGCCAAAAGGAUGAAAAUUUAUGUUCCGGUUUAUUGUCGCUUUCCUUUUGGCACACAUGCUUUUGUUUUCUUUAUUUCAAUUGAAAAGAACUGGUUUCUUUCAAACAGCCAUAAUAGCGGGAAGGUAAAACCAACUUCGUUAAAACUAUCAAUUUACAAAUAACAGGAAGAACACAACAAUUUGGAUUCUCAUUUGAUUUUUAGCCAUAAUGAUAUUUCUAAGAAGAAAGAAAGCAAGCUCUUGUCUACAAAGGCCAUAUCAGUAUGUUUUUUACCGACAUGGCACAGCUUUGGGACAAUCCUGCUUGGUGAUCAAUUGUUCACCUCUGUAAGUGAAAAGAAGGCGCCUACAGUUCAUAUCUUUGGAAUUCGCGCUAUUUUCGGGUUAAAUUCUGUUUUGAUUACGCCUGUAAAAUAACAACCUACUAACUACCGAAUAUUGAAAUUAUAAAUUACCUUUAAGACGAGUGCACUAUCAUUUCGAGAUUUUCCAAAAGUGAGGCCACUGUCGAACUUGCGUUAUUUUGGCGGAAAAACAAAGUAUCCUUCAAUGUUAAAAGCCUAGCGUUAGCGAAAAUGGCGUAUUUGCAGAACGAGAAACUGCCACGUUAGCGUUCAUUUUUUUUGGGGAGGGGGGAGGGGGUCUCCAUUCCGUCUGAUGACAAUGAACAACUUGGCAAGGUACGUUGCUCAUAACAAAAACAAUGAUGCUACAUGAAGUAUUGUCUUUAAUAGAACAGAGCAAUUACCGCACACCCAACUUAAGUUCCGAUUUCAUUUGACUUGGUGUUUACUUGCACCAACGUAUAACGACCACUGAAAUCUAGUCCUUUUAUAACUUUUAUGACGCGAGUUUUAUUCACCAAUCACAGACUGAAGAUGCAAAGCCAACGCAAUCUCAGAUAUACUCGACACAAUUGAAAAUUGCUGUAAUAUAGUUUUUACUGCAUUACGCCAUCAACGUGAAUUCAAAAGGUCGAACUUUUAGUCGAAGUUGUCCAAUUCAUGUGGUUUAUGUAGGAAUCUACGACUAGAUCGACUUUGAGCACGAAGUUUAAUUUGAGUUUGACUUGACUGAUAAUGAGCACUGAUGUUUUUAUGCAGCAGCUCGUCAGGAAGUACAGAGCAGCAAAGACGUGUAUGGGAGGAGGUUGCGCUAAGAUACCAACAGAUCCUUCAUAGAGAAUACAGAAUGAUGAACUUGCCUUCUUAUCCAGUGGAGGGAGGUAAUGUGUACCUUUACUAUGUUCCUGUGAUAGUAAAUCACGGGUCUACAACUCAGUCUUUAGGUGUAAACUCUGAACACCACAGCACAGAGGCGGCUGCUCGUGAAAGCAGAAAGGAAAAGGAUGACGUCAUUUAUAUUGAUGAUAGUGACGACGACAUCCAUAGUGAUGUCAAAGAAGAACCAUCUGAGCUUGAGGAAUCAUGCUCUUUUAGAGAAAGUGCUGGGGCUGAAAUUCCCCGUGGAGUCACACCGCCUAUCUUUGAAAAAAAUCAACAGCAAAAGUAUUCUCUAAACAAGUUGGAAGAUCCUGUUUUAAAGGCGAACGGAAGCCUGGAUCAAAGCGAAUAUAACCACCAUUCUGAGAGUUCUAGCGACGAGAGAGAUGAUCCCAAAACAAGUAUUGAUGACAAAAACAGCAAAUACUGUGAUGAGCACGAUACUCAAGUCACAGAAGACCAUAUUCGCAUUUUUAAAGGCUAUACAAUAGAAUACCAUCCAAUUUAUCGUGACAAAUUCAUGAAAGAGCCGAACAAUCCACGAAGAUCCCAGCAGUAUACAGAAAGAGAUGAAAAGAUACUGGACUUGAAAAAACGUCUAGCUGAACAUACAAUAGAACUGGAAAAACUUAAGCAGCAGCAGUCAAUAAAGGAAGAAAUACCGAGUAAUGGACAUUUAGAUAGAAUUUACCAACAAAACAAAAAAGACAGACACAUCAAAGGAGAAAUAAUUGAAUGCAGCAAAUCUUCAGGGGAUCGAGAAGUGACGGUAUGGCCUAAAGACUGUCCCUCUGCUCAGAUUCAUUAUUUUCCCUCAGGGGAACGAAAAACAAUCUUUCCAAGAAAGAACUCUAGAAAGCAAAGAUCGCCUCGCAGAAUUGAUUCUCCUUUCAACGUUAAGAUUGAGAAAAAGGCCGAUGAUGUAGGAACUGUUCCAACAGAGAUAGCGAUUAAAAAUUUGGUUUUGAAGAGAAAGCUCAAUCUACCCAAUGGAAUAUUACAGGAACAGUCGAGUGACGAUAAGAAAGCCAAACGAACAAAGUGUUCUAAAAAGACCAAAAUAAGACGGAAGCGCAAAAGAGGCCAACGAAAGUCGUCGACUUUCAAACUUAAAGGGACACAGUCUUUGAAUGAUAAAGCCCAAGAGGAACUUAGCCCUGUAACAAAUUUAGACAGAGCUUGUACCCCUGAAGACACCAAUCAGGAGGAGUUCCUGUCAUUGUUUGGCCUGCUGAAAAUGAGCCAGAAGCAGAGUUAG